AUGAUUGUCACCCAAGUCCUCCUCCUGGUCGGCAUGGCCUUCAGCGCCACAACCGUCACCGCCGACCCCAUCAUCAAAACCUGCCAAAAUGUCAAGUGUGCCGUCCGAUGCCAGAUGGUCAAUGGUCACCCUACCUGCGUGGAUGGUGGCCCUCCCAAAGCUGUCGCAGCCGCCUCUGAGGAACUCGUCAACGACAACAAAACCUCCGUCGUCACAGGCGAGAAGUGCGGUAUCACAACCUGCCCCACCGGACAAACCUGCUGCAACGCCUCCUGCGGCCUCUGCGUCUCUCCAGGCAUGGCAUGCACUCAACAAAUCUGCGAGCCCGCCGGCGUGCAAUGUGGCCCCAACGUUUGCUCCGGAGACACACCUGUCUGCUGCAAUAAGAGCUGUGGAAUCUGCACCGCUCCGCGUGGAUUCUGUACGCAGCAGUUUUGCGAACGCGGGUUUACCCCCAGCGAGAGCAAGAGGAACGAGGAGGCCGAUAAGAUCAAGUUGGGAAACCAAAAGUGCGGGAAGGCGACUUGCCCUGAAGGAAUGAGCUGCUGUAACUCUAGCUGUGGCAUCUGUGUGAAGCCGGGAGGUGUGUGCACUCAGCAGUUUUGCGAACACGGUUUUAUUUCUGGCGAGAGCAAGAGAGAAGAGGACGCUGAGGAGAUCAAGUCGGGGAACGAAACUUGCGGGAAGAUGGGUGCACUAAGCAGUUUUGCACCUAGUGCGGAUGCUCAGACUGUUGAGGAUGCUUGA